CGAAGAGAAGAAUGAAGAUGAGAUGAAAAAGCAAAUAAUUAAAUAAUACAAAAAAUCUACAUUUAUUGAAUUUAUUCAUCAACGCAGCAUCAAAUCAGCGGGUAAAUAGAUUUGAGGAGGAGGUAGCAUUUGCAUAGCCUAUUCUGACUUAAAAAUGAUGGAGACAAUAAUGGACAAAAGGUUCCAUCAAGGAUAAAGAGUGAUUACAAGACAAACAAUAAUGGAGUCCGCUGAUGAACGUGAAAAUGCAGCAGGCGGAGUAAUAGAAAGCACCUCCAAAAAUCUUACUUCUCGAUCCGACUAUUCUUACUCUGACACUAAGGAAGAGUCUCUGAGUCAUUAUUGUAAGAUUUGUGAUAAGUGUUUCCUAAAUGAGGACCGCUUAAGUUCCCAUUUAUCAACCCACUUAGAACAUUAUCAGUGUUCAGAAAGUCUUCAAAACGUUAAACCAAAGAAAAUAUCCAGGAAAGGUAAGCUUACGACCAACAAAAAUACCUACCUCUGUGAGAUCUGCUCAGAAACAUUCGUCAGUAAAAAAAUGUUAACACUACAUUUAAGUACUCACACCAACGAUGAGAGUCCUCCUGAGUGCAGUUUUGAAUGCCUGACUUGCAACAAAACGUUUCUAUCCAAAGCAAUGGUGGAGAAGCACAUGGUAAUGCAUACAAGAGAAGUAUUUUUAUGUGAUUCGUGUCCAAAAACAUUUUCAAACAUGAAAUAUUUACAGUCACACUUGUCAACUCAUUCUGGUGAUAAUCUCUUUCUGUGUGAGAUAUGCUCUAAAACCUUCACAUCUGAUAGUCGUUUGAGGGCGCAUAUAGCAAGUCAUAAUGGCGAGCGACCUUUUAAAUGUAUGAUAUGCAGCAAAAGUUACGCCACCGAGAAAAGUUUAAAAGUACAUGUGAUGUCACACACGGGGGAGAGGCCUUUUAAGUGUACUGUGUGUGAAAAGUCAUUUACAUCCAAGGUAGUGUUAAAACAGCAUAUGCUCAUUCACACAGGUGAGCGAAAUCAUCAUUGUACGGAGUGUGGAAGAGCCUUUUUGAGAAGAGGAUUUUUGAAGUUACAUAUGAGAACACACACCGGGGAAAGACCUCAUACUUGUGAGGAAUGUGGAAAAUCCUUCACUCAAAUGCUAGUGUUGAAGGCACACAUUCUGACACAUACUGGUGAGAGGCCUUUUAAGUGCCAUUUGUGCCCGAAAACAACCACACAAAGGUCACACUUGAAAUCUCACAUGCUAACUCACACGGAUGAGCGACCCUGUGUAUGCCCGCAUUGUGAUAAAACUUUCAGACGAAGACCUGAAUUGAAAAGACAUUUGUUGAAACAUGUUAAGGCAGAAAAUGAUGACUCGACACAGUCAGUACAGGGAUAUGACUGUGAGGAUUUUGUGAUCUCUGAAAAUCGGCUUGCAGUGUUCAUGGGAUUGCAGUUGAAAGAUUGUCCUUAUGGUCUUCUUCUGGAUGGUGAGGAUGCGUUCCAUGUUCUUGUCUGCUGUGGAUCCCCAGACAACAACUCCAUAGUACGCAAAUGUGAAGAAAAGAGGGAGUGUCAAGGCAAAAGCCCUAACCAGUGUCUUACAUGUCAGAAGUGUUUCACAAGACGGUCCGAUUUGAAAAGACACAUGUUAAGUCAUUCAGGCGAACGCCCUUACGAGUGUCUUUCGUGCAAUAAAGCGUUCACACGUCAGUCGUACUUAAAGACACACAUGUUUAGUCACACCGGAGAAGGAUCCCAUCAAUGUCCUGUAUGUGAUAAAUGCUUUACACGCCGAUCUGAUAUGAACCGGCAUAUGUUGAGUCAUACUGGACAGCGACCUUAUGAAUGCCCAGCUUGUGAGAGAACAUUCACUAGACAGUCUGACCUCAAGAGACACAUGUUGAAUCACUCUGGUGAACGGCCUUUUCAGUGUUCUGUGUGUACCAAGUCAUUCACGAGACAGUCAGAUUUACGGAGGCACACUUUAAUACACACGGGAGAGCGGCCCUAUCAGUGCAUGUCGUGUGACAAGUCAUUCACUCGUCGAUCGGACCUACGAAGGCAUGUUGAAUCACACUGGAGGGUAGAAUUUGUCAACACGUAGCAUGUAUGAUUUAUA